AGCCGGAUCUGGCCGGAAGUGUGGUUUCUCCGGCACACUAAACCCUAACGUUUUAUGCCGUUUGACGUCUUUUAUUUGUUUGUAUGGCUUAUUUGAUGCGGUGUUCUUGGAUCCUUUGUGCACUCUAGAGAUUGGUAUGUUUGAUGUACUUUUUUCUUUGUUUGUUUGGUUUGCGUUUAAUUACCUGGAGAUUUGAGUUUCUUGGGGUGUUUUGUUUCAACUUUUUUUUGGGUAAAGGGAAACCCGUGGGACGGAUAAUUCAACUUUUUUGAGGAUUGGAGGGUUUAAGGGUUUUGGGUGUUUUGAUUGUUUGUAUGGCUUCAGCGCCUAUAGCUAGAGGAGGAAAUGAAGAUAGAAUUAAGCAGCAUUCUGAGAGUAAGGUUUACAGAAGGAAAACGUUCAGAGGUGUGAAGAAUGGGAAUACCGUCACCGCCACUUUGUCCACCACCACCACCACCGACAAGGAUACUUGUUUGAAGAAUGGGAAUACCAUUACCGCCUCGUUUAGCAAUGUUGAAGCCUUCAAUAACAGUUCAGGCCAGGCAGUGCCGCAUUCAGAAGCGUUGGAAGAUGCGAAUCUAUUGCACCAGCCUUUACCGAACGCUGCCUCUGACGAUUUGACGAGGCUUAAUGGACAGGCAGCUGUUGGGCUGACUGCGGAGGCUACUCAGGAGCUUUCUGCUGAUAAUGGGAUCAUUCAAACAGGUUCUGGCAUUCAGAAUCAGGGCAAUUGUGCAUUGAAGCCGAAGCAGGAAAUGCAAGAGAUUCGGCGGAAAUUUGAGAGUGAGCUUGAAAUUGUGAGAAAUUUGGUGAAGAGGAUUGAAGCCAUACAGAUGCAGUUAAAUAGCGAACAUACAAGUUCUCACAUUUCAACAAUCGAAAUGGCUGAUAACGUUCGUGGAGCCUAUCAUGUACAUUCAGAAGUUGGUUCUGUAGGUGUUGUGACGGAUGAUACCAGACCACUGCCCCAGUUAAGCAUAUUAGUUAUAGAGAAUGGUAAAGGGACGCGUGAUUUCAUGGAAAGGGAGAAGAGGACCCCAAAAGAAAACCAGUUCUAUCGGAAUUCUGAAUUCUUGCUUGCAAAAGAUAAGAUUCCUCCGGCUGAGAGCAAUAAAAAGUCGAAAUUAAAUGGGAAAAAGCAUAGUAGUCAAAAGUUAAAGCAUGGUUUUGGCAUGGCUACUAAAAUUUUCAAUGCUUGUGUUUCUUUACUCGAGAAAUUGAUGAAACAUAAGCAUGGCUGGGUGUUUAAUACUCCUGUCGACGCAGAGGGGCUUGGUUUGCAUGAUUAUUGUAGCAUUAUCAGACAUCCAAUGGACUUGGGUUCGGUGAAAACGAGUCUACACAAGAAUUGGUACAAGUCCCCAAAAGAAUUUGCGGAGGAUGUAAGACUUACUUUUCAUAAUGCUAUGACUUAUAAUCCAGAAGGGCAAGAUGUUCACGUAAUGGCAGAACAAUUACUGAAAAUCUUUGAGGACAGGUGGAUUGUUAUCGAAUCAAAUUAUCACCAGGAGCUGAGGUUGGGAAUGGAAUUUCAGGCUACUCUUCCAUCUUCUAAUUCAAUGAGACACCUUUCUUCACCAGUUCCUCCUCUUGACAUGAGAAAGAUUCUACGGAGGUCAGAGUCAUUGAUAAAUCCAGCUGAUUCCAAGACACAACCGAUGAGCGUGACUCCAUCAGCGAGAACACCUUCACUGAAGAAACCCCAGGCAAAAGAUCCAUUCAAAAGGGAUAUGACUUACAAUGAAAAGAAAAGGCUCAGUACGAACCUUCAGAAUUUACCCUCUGAGAAGCUAAAUACCAUUCUGCAGAUUAUUAAAAAGAGGAACUUUGAACUUCUCCAACAAGAUGAUGAAAUAGAAGUAGACAUUGAUAAUGUCGACACUGAGACUCUGUGGGAGCUUGACAGACUUGUUUCGAACUACAGGAAGAGUAUGAGCAAGAAUAAGAGGAAGGCUGAACUCGCUAUGUUGAAGGCUCGAGCAGAAGCUGAGCAUAACAACCAGGAGAAGACCCCAGCCCCUGAUGGUUCAAAGGAUUUUAGAGAAAAUAGAACAGCAGAUGAAAAUGUUCUUUCCUCUUCCUCACCCUUUCGAGGGGGACAACAGAAGGAUCAUUCGAGUAAGUCCAGCAGCUCAAGUAGCUCUAGCAGUGAUUCGGGAUCUUCAUCUAGUGAUUCUGAUAGUGACAGCUCUGCAGCAUCAGGAUCUGAUGCAGGAUCACCAUCGCAUUGACUUUCUAUUCAGGUUGAAUAACGAUCGCUUGAUAUUUUAUGGAAUGAAAGAAGGUAGAUCCAAUGUCUUGUCUACUUCUACAGAGGAAUUCAGAUGAUGGAUCUCGAAUAUGUAAUUGGUGUACAGUGCAAAGAUUCCGAAUGGGGAAUCGAGCAAUCCUUGUGAAUGCGAAACAAAAGUAGUAGCCUAUUUAUUAGGUGGUAGUAGAUGUUUAGAGUUAGAAUCUCUGGACGAGGAAGAAUCAACUUCCAUUGCAAUAAUUUGUAACAUCUGGUGGAAUUUGAUUAGAAAUUAGAUGCCGGUAGUUUUUCCGUACAAAAUAUCCAUUGCUUAUUUACAUUACUACUUCUGCAGGUCACAGCAUGUGACAAUUCUCUAGCAAUUAUGUAGUAGCAGUAGCAGUUGCAGUUGCCUAAGAAUCUUGGAUUGUCGACCUCCUCUUCGUCAUGGAUUCUGUAAGGCUUUCUUCUCCCAAAAAUAAAGUCUGGGAACAUGGAUAGUAUAGAAAAUGUGUAGAAAUUUGGGGUAGCGUUCUUGUUGUGUGAUAUAGUAAUGCUGACCGACUAUUUUUGUCUGAUGGAUAAGAGGUGGUUUAAAUGAGCCCAGAAUAUUACGUGAAUUUUAGAAUUAUAAAUUCUAAGUCAAACUAAUACUUAUCACUAUAAUUUCAAAUUUAACUUGGGUUUCUGUUCA